AUGGCAGUCAACAAGUGUUCAACUACGCUGGACGAUGACCACCCUGAACAGGAGAAUGUGCUCCAGAGGGUCCUACAGUUGCCUGUGGUGAGUGGCACCUGUGAAUGUUUCCAGAAGACCUACACCAGCACCAAGGAAGCCCACCCUCUGGUGGCCUCUGUGUGUAGUGCCUAUGAGAAGGGUGUGCAGGGCGCCAGCAACUUGGCCGCAUGGAGCAUGGAGCCCGUGGUCCGCAGACUGUCUACCCAGUUCACAGCAGCCAAUGAGCUGGCCUGCCGAGGUCUGGACCACUUGGAGGAGAAGAUCCCAGCCCUCCAAUACCCUCCAGAGAAGAUCGCCUCUGAGCUCAAGGACAGCAUCUCCACCCGCCUUCGAAGUGCCAGGAACAGCAUCAGCGUGCCCAUUGCAAGCACUUCAGACAAGGUCCUGGGGGCUGCACUGACUGGCUGUGAGCUCGCCUGGGGUGCCGCCAAAGACACAGCGGAAUUUGCUGCUAAUACCCGAGUUGGCCGGCUGGCCUCAGGAGGGGCUGACCUGGCCGUGGGCACUGUGGAAAAGAUGGUAGAUUUCCUCCUUUCUUCAGCCAAGGAAGACUCAGCCCCUGGCUCUGAACGCCAGAGGGCCCAGAAGAAACCAACCAAGGGUAAGCCGAGCCUCCUGAACAGGGUCGGGACCCUGGCCAACACCCUGUCUCGACAAACUUUCCAGACCACAGCCUGGGCACUGAAGCAGGGCCACGCGGUGGCCAUGUGGAUUCCGGGGGUGGCACCCCUGAGCAGCCUGGCCCAGUGGGGCAGGUCGGCGGCCAUGCAGGUGGUGUCCCGUCGGCACAGUGAGGUGCGGGUGCCCUGGCUGCACAACCUCACAGCUGCCAAGGAGGAGGACCAUGAGGGAGAGGACCAGACGGACACAGACGGGGAGGAGUCCCAGGAGGAGGAUGAAGGUGAUGAGGAGGAGACUGAGGAGAACCUGAGUGAGGUGGCAGCCCUACCUGGUCCAAAAGGCCUACUGGGCACUGUAGCGCACACAGUGCAGAUGGCCCUCCAGACCACCAUCUCAGCCGUGACAUGGGCACCGGCCACUGUGAUGGGCCUGGCGGGACGGCUGCUGCAUCUCACUCCCGCCCAUGCCGUCUCCUCGACCAAGAAGAGGGCCAUGUCCCUGUCGGAUGCCCUGAAGGGUGUUACUGACAAUGUGGUGGACACCGUGGUACACUACGUGCCGCUCCCUAGGCUGUCUCUGAUGGAACCUGAGAGCGAAUUCCGGGACAUCGACAAUCCACCCUCUGAGGCUGAACGCCAGCGCCGGGGCUCGGUGACGUUGACCCCCGGCCCAGAGUCCUUGCUACGCCCUGCACAGUCCCGCGGGAGCCUGCGCAGCACACGGGGCCUGAGCGCGCCCGCCUGCCCGGGCCUGGACGACAGGCUGGAGACCACGCCCCCAGGGCCACGCCAGGGCCUGCUGGCCACGCCCCGUGAGAAGCCCACCCGCAGGGUCAGUGACAGCUUCUUCCGACCCAGCGUCAUGGAGCCCAUCCUGGCGCGCGCACAGUACAACCACCUGCGCAAGAAGAGCUGA